GUGGCCGAGAGAAUAAAAUGCCCAUCUUGAUCUCCAAGAUCUUCAAGGGGCUGGCAGCAGACCAGACGGAGGCGCUGUUCGUGGGGGACGCCAUCCUGGCCGUCAAUGGCACCGACCUGUCCGAGGCCACCCACGACGAGGCCGUGCAGGCCUUGAAGAAGACGGGCAAGGAAGUGAUCCUGGAAGCGUGCACGUGGAAGGGGCAGGACUGCACCCUGACCGUCCACAUCGACAAGGGCUUCACCAUCUCCACCAGCGAGCCCGGGCUCAGCAGGACCAUCCUGCUGCAGCAGCCCUUCGAGAAGCUGCAGAUGUCCUCGGAUGAUGGCACCAAGAUGCUCUACCUGGACUUUGGUGGACCAGAGGGAGAGAUUCAAUUGGACCUUCACUCCUGCCCCAAGACCAUCGUCUUCAUCAUCCACUCCUUCCUGUCGGCCAAGGUGACCCGGCUGGGGCUGCUGGCGUGACGAGGGAGCCCAGCAGCGGCCGGAGCAGCCCAAGCCCCUGGCCCAUCUAUGCACCUCCCUCCUGGCCAAACCCAGCCCCAAGGCAUCCCAAGGAGACUGCAGCCCCAUGGGAUCAGUCACCCCACCAAGGAAAAGCCCCAUCCAGCCAGGAAAACCCCUCUCGAGGCGUUUGGGGGCGGCUGUGGGGUGAAACCCCCUUGGAUGGCAGCACCAGGACUUCUCCGGUGCCUUCCUCCCCUCCUGCCUUGGUGGCUGGAGAAGGCCAUUGGGAGCCCACCAGUGGACAGGUGGCCAUCACCCCAGUGCCUUGAGAGAUGAUAUUUUCUGUACAAAGAACCCAUUUGUAUCCAUGUUUUAUAUUUAUAUUGCCCACUUGCAAACGCUGAUGUGGCAGCUCUUCCACACGUGGGUCGGACCCCUGGGAGAGUCCCCAGGUCCUGCAGCACAAGGACCCCCUGAGUCUUUUUUCCCCAAGGGCUGAAGGCCAAACCAGCUCUAAAGUGCUUAAGGGACAGGAACUGCAAGAUCAGCUGUAUUUGCCAAAUUUUUCCAUAUUGUAUGGAAUGAUAGGAACCACUUUUCUCUGUUGGAGUUGGACGGUUCGUUUGGUUUUGUGCACUCUGGGGUCACUUUAUUUCUUGGUUUGGGGGGGAGGGAUGUCAGGUGGCUGCUGCCCAAUGACUUCUUUUAUGAACCAAAAGAUUCUGCAUGGAAAUGCCUUUUUUGGGGGGUUAAAUAAACUUUGCAGAUCACAACCAGCAGGAGCCAA